ACCGGACCCUACUCUCUCCGGUGACCAAGAAAGCUCACAAUGGUGACAAAUGAAAAGAAGGGAUGCAGGCUGUGCGCAAGGGGAUAUCUUGUCAUGCCACUGUGCGCAUGCAUCGUUCUCUCUCUGCUGUCACUUCAAUGAACACCAUCCGUGGACAGCAAUAUCUUUUCCAGCCAGAUUCCUGCCAUGCCUCUCUCCUCCCGUCGCUGACAGACCUAUAACUGCAGAGCCUAUUCCUGCCAUGCCUCUCUCCUCCCGUCGCUAUUUGUCUCCCUGACAAAGCCUGCUAAUCACACUAGUAGUGUACAAGCGUCUGCACCUGAAAGCUACACGGCACGAAUCUUUAACUCAUUCGACGGACGCGAUAACCAGGUGCCAGGGCACCGGGGUGUCGUCACACCUUUUCGAAUAAAAAAACCCCAGCUCGUUUGGUUGAAGAUUGGUGCAAUGAACUUCUGCGUAUGAAUGUGAUUGUUUGUGCGUCUUUGAAUGAGUUACCAGCUAGCAUUGGCAAACUGAAGCAUCUUCGGUACCUUGAGAUAUCUAGAUCUUGUUAUGUCACCAGUUUUCCUACAGCAUUCUGUAGGCUCCAUAAUUUACAGGUUUUAUGUGUCAAGAAAUGCCAGGUUGAAAGCUUGCCUAGUGACUUCAAUAGGUUGAUCAACUUAUGGAGAUUUGAAUCACAGGGAUUUAAAUAUGGUCCAAAUAUUAGAGGAUUUCCAGAAGAAUAUUAUGGAGUAAAUAUUGAUGCAGCCGAAGAUAAGUUUGGACUAGGAUGUAGGUUCAUAAAGAAUGUGAAGCAACUUCGUGGACAUUUGGUGAUAAAUAAUGUUUACAAGCUAAGCAAGUAUCAUUCAGCAGAUGCCAAUCUAAAGAAUAAGGAUUGUUUUGACAAGGUGACGCUGCAAUGGGGAAAAUGGAGUACAAAAUUCAGCGAGGAAAACAAGAUAGAAGUCCUUGCAGAUCUACAACCUCCUGCUAGUACCAAGUCUCUUGUCCUUGAGGGUUACCCAGGUGUUUCUCGUCCAAGCUGGUUUGAGCCACAAAGCCUGCCAAGCUUAACAUCCGUUUCAUUUCUUCAUUGUGAUCGACUCAGGAAUAGGAUACUUAAUGGCAGCACUGGUUUCUCGUCCCUGACAGAUCUAAUCAUUGAUGGGUGCUGCCGUUUAUCAAGUCUCAAACAGCUUCUCCACCCAACUUAUCUACCAGUCAUCAAGAGAAUUGCACUUAUGAACUGUCGGUACUUAGUAUCUGUACCGACUGAACGAUUUGGGGAUUUUCGUUGCCUUGAAAUAUUCAAGCUGCUGAAUUGUGGAAAAAUAAACUCCGAGAGUUUGACUGCCCCCUCUCUCAAGAAGCUCAUGCUAGAUGGUAGCUGUGGGAAUCUCACGGACAAUAUCCAAUGCUGCUCUCUCACCAACUUUUUCCUGACAGGCAGCAGUCUCACGUCCAUCCAACUACAAAUGUGGAAUCUUCCUGCUCUACAGGAAUUGCAUAUUAAAGGUGGAUCUCUUACAUCUAUUGGGCAAUCUGGACAUGUCUUCACCAACCUUACUUCCCUAACCAUCAGCUGGUGCGAUAAACUGUCCACCAUUGAUGGCCUCCUAGAAAAAGAAUAUCUACCUGCCAUUGAGAGCAUUACAUUUGCCGACUGUAUGAGUUUGUCCAUGCAUGGUGAAAGGUUUGGGGAUUUUUCUUCUCUGAAGGAUUUGAAAGUUUCUAGCUGCCAUAAAAUCAACUGGGCGGGAUUGGUGUUACCAUCGUCACUCCAAAGUCUCCACUUGUAUUCAUGUGGAGAUAUCUCUUCAUUUAUUACCAGCGGCCUAGAAAACCUUCAAUCCUUAGUUUCACUAAAACUAUCAUGGUGUUCGCAUAUAAGAUCCAUUCCAGGCCACCUUUGGAGCAGUACUCUCUCAUCGCUCCAGGAAUUACAGAUUCACUUUUGUUGGGACCUUGUGUCCAUUGGUGGAGCAGAUGACAUUUCAGAAAUACAAAAUGUGUGGAUUGAGGACUGUCGAAAUUUGAAGGGAAUAGAGCAGCCUCUGAAAAGAGGCAGCUUCUUCAUAGCCAAGAAGAAAGAGCAGCCUGUGAAAACAAGCUCAAAAUCGGUCUGGUGCAUGCCCACGGGGGAUUGAUGAAGGGGGUGGUGCUAGCUAGUGCGGCUAAUACCUCUUAGCUUCUGUAAUCUUGUUUUUGAUUGUUGCUUUGUGCUGUACUGCUUUUAUGUACAGACUUGAUUGGCAGGACGGAUUGACUGAUGCGCCAGGUUUUUUGUCCCAUAGGUUAUGCUCGAGCAGAGUAUAACUAGUGGGUUUUCCUGACCGAUGUCGAAUCGCGAACCUUUUCCCUGUUUCUAAGUAUUGUUGCUGAGUAUAACCGGUGGUCAGUUCAUUUUGUUGAAAAUUUAGUCAGAAUAUGCAAUGUUAUACAGUUAUUUACUAUGUCAGAACUCAGAAGUAUUUUUCAUGUUUCAUCUCUUGUUAAGUCUACAGUUUUAGUUCUGAAUAACUUGUUGAUGUCUGUUUUACUUCUGAAUAAUUUGGUGACUGCUAAUGGUAGAUGUCAUUAGUAGAUCAUGAAUCCUUCAUUUUGUGUUGAGUUGACCAGAACACUGCCAUUUAUCA